ACUCCAACUCAUUCUCAUUGCAUUCUUCCCUCCCUCAUUUGGUUUUCUCUCUUUCGUUCUACGAAGUCUCCCUCCCAUUCUCCCAGUUGUAAUUUCUAAGACCAAGAUUUUCCUUUUCCCCCAUUUCCAUUGCUUCAUGACAACAUUCUUUUAUCAUAGAAAGAGCGUAAGCAAGGACCCUAACAGCUAGCAUAGAAAGUUCCAGGAAUCCUGUCGAGGGUUAUAUAUCAUCGUGUUAUCCCAUUGAUGUCAUCAAAAACAAACAGAAUGCUCGACUCCUCUGACUCUGAGUUGAGCGACACUUCCUUCGGAGGAGCUCCGCCUGACUACAGAAUAACAGAUUCGCAGUCCAAGAAAAACAGCAACUUAACCUGUAAUCCGCCCCCUCCUGACCCAAAAAAGGUGGAUCGAGUGGCUAAAAUCAGCGCCAAUUCACCUCAUGGACCUGCAUAUACAAGUCCAAUUCCUAAAGUGAAUGAAAAUGUGCCAUCCAACCAGCAAUAUGACCCCAAAAUCAUGGAUCCUGUCAAUAAGCCUUCCCAAAUUCCGAGUCCCAGGAUGCCACCAAAUGCUGAAAUCCAGAAUACUUUGACAGUAAUGCCAGCAAACAAGAAAACCAAUGAUGCAAGAAAUACCAGUGCCAUGCAUAACAAUAUCGCCCAUGUCCAAGGGAGUGGAAAUAACAGUCGCAAUGAUAGCAUGGAGAGCUCCACCGCUCCCCUUCGCCCUCACACUGGCGGUGACGUACGGUGGGAUGCUGUCAAUACUGUCAGUGCCAAAGGCCCAAUUGGUCUCAGCAAUUUCCGGCUUCUCAAGCGCCUUGGAUAUGGAGAUAUUGGAAGUGUAUAUCUUGUAGAACUCAGAGGAACCAACGCCCACUUUGCUAUGAAAGUCAUGGACAAGGCAUCCCUGGCAAGUAGAAACAAGAUAUUGCGAGCACAGACGGAACGAGAGAUUCUUGGGCUCCUUGACCAUCCUUUCUUGCCAACUCUGUAUUCAUACUUUGAGACAGACAAGUUCUAUUGUCUGGUUAUGGAGUUCUGUAGUGGGGGCAAUCUUCAUUCUCUUCGGCAAAAGCAACCAAAUAAGCAUUUUACAGAGGAGGCUGCACGGUUCUAUGCGUCAGAGGUGUUACUGGCACUAGAGUAUCUGCACAUGCUAGGAAUUGUAUACAGGGACUUAAAGCCAGAAAAUGUGCUGGUAAGAGAUGAAGGCCAUAUCAUGCUCUCAGAUUUCGACUUAUCACUCCGUUGCUCUGUCAGUCCAACACUGGUCAAAUCUUCAUCUACGCAUCAAACUAGCAAUGGUGGUGGCAGUGGUGGCAUUUUGGAUAGUGAGUUUGCUGUGCAUGGCUGUAUGCAGCCUUCAACAUUCUUCCCCCGCAUUUUGCCUGGUAAGAAGAAUCGCAAAUCUAAAUCAGAUUUUGGCCUCUUUGUUGGCGGCGCCAUGCCAGAGUUAAUGGCAGAACCUACCAACGUUCGCUCCAUGUCCUUCGUUGGGACGCAUGAAUAUUUAGCCCCAGAAAUCAUCCGAGGAGAGGGUCAUGGCAGUGCAGUGGACUGGUGGACGUUCGGUAUCUUCCUGUAUGAGCUCUUGCAUGGCACAACUCCAUUCAAGGGUCAAGGAAAUCGAGCCACGCUUUUCAAUGUUGUAGGGCAGCCAUUGAGAUUCCCAGAAACCCCGCACGUGAGUUUUGUGGCCCGUGACCUUAUACGAGGCCUUCUGGUAAAAGAACCACAUAAACGAAUAGCAUGCAAAAGAGGUGCAACAGAAAUAAAACAACAUCCAUUUUUUGAGGGAGUGAACUGGGCUCUUGUCAGAAGCGCCAUGCCUCCCCACAUACCUGACCCUGUAGACUUUUCACAUUUCCAAAGCAAAGAGGCAUCACCAGCUGCAGAUAAGAAGAAUCAUUCUGAUCUUGGAGGUGAUCAAAACAUUACCACUUCUGCGGGCUACAUAGAAUUUGAGUACUUUUAGUAAUUCCACUACAUUUCUACGAUGAUUUGGGUCUUCUUCAUGGCAAUCUACUUUUGUACAAAGUACAAAAUAUGAAUUUUAAUAAUUAUAUAUAGUAUAUCCUUGUUAAGGGUGAUCCUUAGUCUUGUCUCGCCA